CCUAUUUUACCCGCGCAAUUCCAAUAACCUACGUAUCAAAGUUAAAGUUUGUUAGUGCUUCGGCUGCGUUGAUUCGCAUUUUGUUUAUUCAUUUUAAUUAUUAAAAAGUGUCGUUAUUGAAAACUUAUCAUUAAUUACUUUUGUUACGUUGUUUUUGCACUUGUUGCGUUUACAACAAAAGUUUUUAAAUCAUAAUUCAAGAAACCAGUGAUUAACGGCCAACAUGUCUUCACCACCUCGCGCUCCUCGAACUCCGCGACGCUCAACGCGCACAACCCCAAGAGCACGCGAUGCUCCAGAAAGUAGCCCACGUCGUCCUCCAAGCGCCCAACCUGAAACUCCUUCACGGCGUUCCACCCGCGGCACUCCGGCAAAGAGCACCAGCAGCAAGCUGGAUGAAGGUACCCCCAUGAAAUGGGGCCGCAACCGAAAUGAAGGAGCGGGUUCGGCGCAGGAUAUUCCAGCAACGUCUCCGGUACAUGCCUUAGCCCCAACCAGUCCAGCUGCAGGUUUAGGCAUGAGUGAGAUUGAUUUAAGUUCUCCACUUAAUUAUGGCACUCCUGGAUCUUUGGGCUCUGUAAAAACACCAAGAUCUGGCAUUAGGGGUACUCCUAUUAGGAUGAGACCUGAUGUCAGGUCUGAUAAAAGAAUGAGACAAGUUAAUAUUGGAUCAGAUGCACUGGAAGCCAUUCAGGAAACCACCGAAACAGACUCCAAUGCUCCGCAUCUUGUCAUCUGGGGUACCAACGUGUCAGUUGAGCAAUGCAAGGAGAAGUUCAAGCAGUUCAUCUUGCGCUACAUCGACCCCAACGCAGAAGAAGAUGAAGUCGGCGAAGGAAUGAAUGUCAACGAGCCGCUGUAUUUGCAAAAACUCGAAGAGAUUCAUACUCUUGAAGAACCUUUCUUGAACGUGAACUGCGCUCAUUUAGAAACCUACGAUGAAUCUCUUUACCGUCAAUUGAUCUGCUACCCACAGGAGGUGAUUCCAACGUUUGAUAUGACAGUCAACGAAAUGUUCUAUGAACGUUACCCAGCAGCUGUGCUUGAACAUCAGAUUCAAGUACGACCUUUCAAUUGCGAGAAAACUCGUAAUAUGCGCUCAUUGAAUCCCGAAGAUAUUGAUCAAUUGAUAACUAUCUGCGGGAUGGUUAUUCGCAGUUCAAAUAUUAUGCCCGAAAUGCGCGAAGCUUUCUUUAAAUGUAUCGUGUGCUCGUUUUCUACUACCGUUGAAAUUGAUCGUGGUCGCAUUGCAGAGCCAACACUCUGCUCUAACUGCAAUACUAAUCAUUGUUUUACUUUGGUUCACAACCGCUCGCAGUUUACUGAUAAACAACUCAUUAAAUUGCAAGAGUCGCCGGAUGACAUGCCUGCCGGUCAAACUCCGCACACCGUCGGUUUAUUCGCUCAUAAUGAUUUAGUUGAUUGUGUUCAGCCUGGUGAUCGUGUCACUGUAACCGGUAUUUAUCGUGCUCAGCCUCUACAGGUCAAUCCGCGUAUGAGAAAUAUUAAAUCUGUGUACAAAACACACAUCGAUGUUCUUCAUUUUCGUAAGGUUGAUAAUAAGCGGUUGUAUGAGGAAGCCGAUGGUAAGGAUCAUAGAUUCCCACCGGAGCGUAUUGAAUUAUUGCAGGUAUUAUCGGAGAAACCUGAUAUUUAUGAUCGUUUGGCUCGGGCUCUUGCACCGUCAAUUUACGAAAAUGAAGACGUCAAAAAGGGGAUAUUAUUGCAACUUUUUGGCGGUACCAAGAAAACGUUUGUUAUUUCUGGUAGAACUAAUUUCCGCGCUGAAAUUAAUAUCUUACUUUGCGGUGAUCCUGGUACGUCCAAAUCUCAAUUGCUGCAGUACGUUUAUAAUCUAUUGCCGAGAUCACAGUACACUUCUGGUAAAGGUUCUUCGGCUGUCGGUCUCACCGCGUAUGUUACAAAAGACGCGGAAACUCGUCAAUUGGUUCUUCAAACCGGCGCAUUAGUUCUGGCUGACAAUGGUAUUUGUUGUAUUGAUGAGUUCGAUAAAAUGAAUGACUCUACACGUAGUGUUCUUCAUGAAGUAAUGGAACAACAAACUCUCAGUAUUGCUAAAGCCGGUAUUAUUUGUCAACUCAAUGCAAGAACUUCGAUUCUGGCUGGCGCGAAUCCAUGCGAGUCGCAGUGGAAUAAAAACAAGACUAUAAUUGAAAACGUUCAGCUGCCGCACACAUUGCUAUCGCGUUUUGAUUUGAUCUUUUUGAUUCUCGACCCGCAAAAUGAGAUCUUCGAUCGCCGUCUGGCGAAACAUUUGGUUUCGUUGUAUUAUAAGAGUACACAGCAAGAGGAGGAUGAGUUUCUUGAUAUGUCUAUUUUGCGUGAUUAUAUUGCAUACGCUAAGGAACACAUUCAUCCGAAGUUGAGCGAGGAGGCGUCGCAGAAGUUGAUUCAGAGUUAUGUUGAAAUGAGGAAAUUGGGCGCUGGACGCGGUCAGAUUACAGCCUAUCCUAGGCAGCUGGAGUCAUUGAUCAGACUCGCGGAAGCGCAUGCUAAAGUGCGCUUUUCACCCACGGUAUCCGUGGAUGAUGUGGAAGAAGCUUUCCGUUUGCAUCGUGAAGCUUUGAAGCAGUCCGCCACUGAUCCAUUAUCCGGAAAAAUUGAUAUUGGUAUCUUAACCACUGGGUUGAGUAGUGCGGCAAGGAAACGCCGCGCUGAGUUUUCGCAGGAAGUGCGCAAGUUGCUAGAGAGCAAAGGGAAAGUGCCCACUGUGAACUACUCAAAAUUACUGCAAGAGUUAAAGGAAAAUUCGAGCGUGAUGAUUACAAGAGAACAAUACGAGGAUGCUUUGAAAGAUUUGCAAGACGAUGGUAUUAUUGUAGUGAUGGGCAAGAGUACAAUUCGUAUUUGCAAAAAUCGCGAUUGAAAUUGAGAGCUCCAUUGGAUUUUACAUCAUUUUUAUCUUUUUAUUUAACUUUUCUACCAAUACCUGAUAAAUCCCGAAGGCGAUUAGGAACACUUGUAGUUCUUACUUUUUUUUAAAUAAAAUAAUCGCUUUAUCUUAUUCUUUCCUAAUUAGUUAAACAACACUCUUCAUGGCGAAAAUAGAUUCGAACUAGGAAUAGGACAAAGCGUGAGCCUCUCCAGUAGGCAAACAACUGGGAGCAAUCAUUUGAAAAAUACUUCUAAACUGAUUGGCGUUUCGACUUCUAGACUUUUCUAGCAAUUAUGAACUUUUAUAAAAUUGACUUAGUGAUAAUCUGAUUGAUAAGAUAUGCAUUUUUAUUCGUUAAGGAAUUUGUACACAAGUCUAAACAUGAAUGAAUAACAUUUCAUAAUAUUGUCCAAGUCAUACACCAUUAUUGAAUCAUUGCGUAUGACUUUAUAUCCCAUGCUUUUACCGCGGUUCAUUUGCAAUCUGUCGAGUACAGCUCCCAGUUGGGCAUAAAAAAUACUAAAAUGCCCGAAAGCAAAGUACUAGUUGUGUUUUUCAUUAUCACCUUAUGUGCUCUUGUGGAGAGUCGUUUAGAAAAACAUAUUCUUCAUUGUGACCACUUUGACGAUUAUCAAAAAAAUCCAGAGGAAGUUUUACAUCUCGUAGUUAAAGCAAAACACAGCAAGUAUUUAAAUAAGAUUUGUAUGGAAUACAUUGAAGCAGCAAACCAUUUAAUCAGCCUUGAAUUCGUUGGUUACCAAAAUGUGCAAGCGCAUUUAGAAGAUCUCUUAGAAAAGAAGAUACAACUGAGGAUUUUGGGACUCGAAAAAUCUGGCAUACAUGCAUUUCGAUUAAACGUACUGGAUAAUACGCCGAAUCUUUAUAAACUGAAAUUGAGCAAUAAUAGCAAGUUGUACCGAUUAAUUGGAUCAACAACUGCAGAGGUGCAGAAAUUAAGUGCCAGAAAUACAGCAUUCACGAAUAAAAGUAUUAAGUUGGGAGAAUACAAGAUGGAAAUGUUGAAAAACGUAGAUUUCAGUGGGAGUAACGUGAAUUGCAUGGAGUUGAAUGACUCACAACAGAAUAAGCAAUUUGAGGUGAAGCAAUUGCCAAACCUAAAACGAUGCAAAGGAAAAUCCCAAACUAAUAACUGAUAGUAUUGCAGUAAUUUUUAAAGAUUAUUAAUUUAUUAAACUAUUUUGCUUGUGA